AUGCAAAGACCACUUUAUGAAGAAACCUGGGACCAAAUAACUUAUGACUAUCAUAAUCUACAAAACUUGGCUGAAAAUUCCGUAUCCAUUAGAAACUUUGCAUUUAAGUGUCAAGAAAUUGUCAAUAAUAAACUAACAAUGGAUAGAGAAUACUAUAAAUCUGCUAAACGUUUCUUACUCAUAACAAAGCUACUAAAUAUUCAACCGGAAAUAAGAAUCAAAUUAAUUCGAGAGUUGCUACGAAUUCCUAAUUUCAACCAAUCAUAUCAUGAUCUACCCCAAGAAAAGCAGGUAAAUUUAUUGAAUCGUGUUCGAGCUAUUCUGGAAAUGGCUGAAUAUAGUAACUUACAUCUAAAUUUAGGGUUUCUACUAGAGUUGUCAGGUUAUAUUUUUACGAAACGGUUCAAGUAUAAUGCACAUAUUUUGUAUCAAUUAAUGAAACGAGAAAAUGACAAUAGAACUCGACGAAUACAAAGUAUGCAACUUGAAGAAGAAAGUGAUUUCUCCUUCGAAGACACCGACGACGAGUUAUAG